AUGAGUGACAAGAAUAUAAAGGAUAACAACAACUUGGCUGUAGAAGUGAAAAACCUAACGUAUACAUUCCCAGAGGGUAAAGCAGCUUCGAUCAUAGACCUGUCACUUAGUAUCAAGUGGAAUAAAAAAGUUCUAGUGGUAGGUAAUAAUGGUGCUGGUAAGUCCACAUUACUAAAGCUCUUGAGCGGGAAACACUUGUGUCUUGGAGGAGACAUUAGGGUCGGAGGAAGAAACCCAUUCGCACCGAACAACGACCAGGAGUCUGUCACUUUAACUACAUAUUUGGGUACCGAAUGGGCGAGCAUGUCAAUUAUUCACCGGGACAUUGGCGUGCUUGAGUUGCUAGAGAGCAUAGGUCUUGAGCAUUACAGAGAGCGUGGGGAAAGGUUGAUCCAGAUCUUGGAAGUGGACACCAACUGGCGAAUGUUCAAGCUCAGCGACGGACAAAAGAGACGUGUGCAAUUGUGCAUGGGGCUUAUGAAACCGUUCAAAGUCCUACUGUUGGACGAAGUGACUGUCGAUUUGGAUGUCGUUGCACGUGACCGCCUUUUCCAAUUCCUAGACGACGAGACAAAACAAAGAGAGUGCACCGUGGUGUAUGCAACCCAUAUUUUCGACGGAUUGGCCCAGUGGGCCGACGAAGUGAUCCACCUCCAGGAUGGUCGCAUAGCCAAAAUGUUGGACUAUGGACGUGAUAUCGAGUUUACGAAAGACAUAGAAGGCGUGCAGGAGCAAAGUGCCUCGGAUAAUAAGCCAUACAAAGUCGUUCUAGGAUACAUGAAAAGUUUGUACCCAUUGGCGUUGCACUGGCUCUCGCGAGACCAGGACGCACAUCACGCUGCGUGA